AUGACCAGAGCCAACGAAGCCGUCGACGGCGAAGGAGAAUUCCUCGCCCCGCCCCAAGCCCCGCCAAACCUCAACAUCCCGCCCUCCACCUCCACCGUCUCCGUCUCCGUCAUCGACACCGGCGUCCGCCUCUCCCUCCCCGCCGCCCACUUCCUGCACCCCCCCAUCUCCCCGCCAAAGGCCCGCGUCACCGGCCCCGCCUACGCCUUCCUGGUGACUCACCAGAGCUCCGGCGCCAAGCUCCUCUUCGACCUCUCCGUCCGCAAGGACCACACCUCCGGCUUCGCCCCCGCCGUGCAGCGCCUCGUCGACGAUCCGGCGAGCGAGUUUUGGGUGAGGUGGGUGGAGACAGAUUCGGUCGCAUCCGCAUCUGCUUCGGCCGCCGCCGGGGAGGUCAGCGGGGAGCGGGGGGAAAGGCAAGGCGAAGUCGCGGCGCGGCCGAGGGACGUCGUUGAUGUUUUGGAGGCGGCGGGCGUGGACGUGGCGGCGGGGGAAGUCGAGGCCGUGGUGUGGAGCCACGCGCAUUUCGACCACACGGGCGACGUGACGAGGUUUCCUGCGGAGAAGACGAAGCUGGUCGUCGGGCCCGGGUUUAGGGAAGCGUUUGGGGAGGGGUGGCCGCGCGUGGAGGAGGCGCCGGUGAAGGGGGUGGAGUGGGAGGGGAGGGAGUUGGUGGAGGUGCGGUUUGAAGGGGCAGGCAGGAUCGGGAGGUUUAGGGCGAGGGAUUGGUGGGGGGAUGGGAGUUUUUAUUUGUUGGAUACGCCGGGGCAUGCGGUGGGGCAUUUGUGUGGGUUGGCGAGGGUGAGGGCGGGGGCGGCGGCUGGGGAGGAGGCGUUUGUGUUUAUGGGUGGGGACUGCGCCCACCACCCCGCCCAGUUCCGCCCCUCCCCCUACCUCCCCCUCCCCACCACCAUCACCCCCUCCCCCUUCCCCCCUCAGUCUCGUCACCACCACCACGGCGCCCUCUCCUGCCCCGGCUGCCUCUUCACCCCCAUCCACCCCGCCGCCGCCACCACCGAAAAACCCGCCGCCGCCGCCGCCACCACCCCUUUCUACCGCCCCUCCCGCACCCUCCCCCACAACUUCGACGACUGCCUCUGGAGCAUCGACGGCCUCGAGGAGUUCGACGCCGACGAGAGGGUGUUGGUCGUCAACGCGCACGACGAGAGCUUGCUGCGUUUGUUGUAUGAUGACGAAGACGGAAACGGAAACGGAAACGGAAAAGAGGGGGAGGCGGAGGCGGGGGAGGCGAAGGCGGAGGCGGAGGCGGGGAGGAAGAAUAAGAAGUGGGUUUGGCCGCAGGGGACGCUGGAUGGCUGGAGGGAGGCGGGGCUGGCGACGAGGGGGCGGUGGGCGUUUUUGGGGGAUUUUGAGGGCGCGGUGGGGGCUUAG